GAACCGUCGUUCUCUCUAACUCCCGCGCCACCCACCGACCCACUCUCUCCGCUCGCCCGCCGGUAUCCCUUUGCCGCCGUUCGCAAAAGCUAUUCAAUUUGCGCUUUUUUCCUCUGAUUGAAAGAUGGGUGACAAUGGCAAUUGGGAAGAGGAGGAGGAAGAAGAGGACGAAUUGGAAUUCUCCAGAAAUUAUUUUCUAGCAAAGGAACUUGCAUCCUCGGUAAAGAAAUCAAAACACAAACUCACCGACAUCGAUGUUGUUGAUGAACAGGAACUCAGGGAAGCUGCAAUGAACAUUCAACCCAAGCAUGAAAACGAGAUUGCCCUCUUAUUGGAUUCCUAUAUAGCUAUGUACCCUGAAUGGCUUCUCUCGCUUAGAUGUGGCUUCGCUCUUCUAAUGUAUGGCUUUGGUUCUAAGAAAGCUUUGAUUGAAGACUUUGCUUCACAGACACUCACUGAAUACUCUGUAGUUGUCAUUAAUGGUUAUCUUCAGACCAUUAACUUAAAACAGGUUGUAAUAGCUGUAGCUGAACUUCUAUGUGAUCAAGUGAAAGCUAAACGAAGGGUUUCCAGCCGACAACAGCCUUUCAAUACUCAAUCUAUGGAAGAUCUUCUUACAUUUUUAUAUGAAGUGGAAGUAGAAGACAACGAUUGUUUCGUUUGUGUAGUUAUUCACAAUAUUGAUGGACCAGGAUUAAGGGACUCUGAAACCCAACAAUAUCUCGCUCGACUGGCUUCUUGUACCCAUAUUCGUAUUGUCGCCUCUAUUGACCAUGUUAAUGCUCCCCUGUUUUGGGACAAGAAUAUGGCUCACACACAGUUCAAUUGGUGUUGGUAUCAUGUUCCUACAUUUUCCCCAUAUAAGGUUGAAGGCAUGUUUUAUCCUCUGAUUCUUGCACAUGGCAGUGCCAGCCAAAGUGUCAAAACAGCUGCCAUAGUUUUGCAAAGUUUGACACCUAAUGCCCAGAGUGUAUUCAAAGUUCUUGCUGAAUAUCAACUUUCUCAUCCUGAAGAAGGAAUGCCAAUCAACGAUCUCUACUCAGUCUGUCGUGAACGUUUCCUUGUCAGCAGCCAGGUUACCCUGAAUUCCCAUUUGACAGAAUUUAAAGACCACGAGCUGGUCAAGACCAAGAGGCAUUCGGACGGUCAAGAUUGCUUGCACAUCCCUCUGACAACAGAAGCACUUCAAAAAGUUCUACUUGAGAUUAGUUAGUAGUGUGGAGCAUGAUCCCAGCGAGAUUCUUAGGGGGGGCAAACAAAUUAGUUCAUACAAUCACUUUCCAAAAAUGGAUGAUAGGCGUUGUAUAUUGAAUGUAAUUCAAAUUAUCUGAAGCUCAUUCCUAAUGGGAGCCUAAAUAUUUAUAUUUUCUUACUUGUGUUUUAUGAAGAAAAUUUGUCAUUUAUAUGGGUUUUUA